CUGGAGAGGCGGCGAGCGAGAGGGUAGGACCUCGGCUCGAGCCGGCACCCGGGGACCGCGGCUGUCACGGCGCUCCGAGUAUCCCGGUGGCUUCCCGAGUAGACGCGCCCGGCCGGGUGGCAGCUGCGAGCACAGCCCUAACCCCCUGCCCUGUCGCCGCGCCCGUGGAGCCCCACGCCCCGGGAGGGCGUUCGUGAUUUAGCACAAAGCACGUUUCCAAAAAGCGCACGGGAGAGCUCCCGAGCCGCGCUCCCGCGCACGCACCCCCCCUUCCCCUUUGUUUCGGGGGUCGACAGGCUGCUCUCCUCCCCAAGUCUGAACUGUUCGCGGGGGGCGGAGGGCCGCCGAGUCUAGGCUGUGAAGAUGCCCUUGGAGCUGACUCAGAGCCGAGUGCAGAAGAUCUGGAUCCCCGUCGACCACCGCCCCUCGCUGCCCAGAUCCUGUGGGCCGAAGCUGACCAACUCCCCCACCGUGAUCGUCAUGGUGGGCCUCCCAGCCCGUGGGAAGACCUACAUCUCGAAGAAGCUGACUCGCUACCUCAACUGGAUCGGCGUGCCCACGAAAGUGUUCAACGUUGGCGAGUACCGCCGGGAGGCCGUGAAGCAGUACAGCUCCUACAGCUUCUUCCGUCCCGACAACGAGGAAGCCAUGAAAGUGCGCAAGCAGUGCGCGCUCGCUGCCUUGAGGGACGUCAAAAGUUACCUGACCAAGGAGGGGGGCCAGAUUGCGGUUUUCGAUGCCACCAACACUACCAGAGAGAGGAGACACAUGAUCCUUCAUUUUGCCAAAGAAAAUGAUUUCAAGGUGUUCUUCAUCGAGUCUGUGUGCGACGACCCUAUGGUUGUAGCCUCCAACAUCAUGGAGGUUAAAAUCUCCAGCCCGGAUUACAAAGAUUGCAACUCAGCGGAAGCUAUGGACGAUUUCAUGAAGCGAAUCAGUUGCUAUGAAGCCAGCUAUCAGCCCCUCGACCCUGACAAAUGUGAUAGGGACCUGUCCUUGAUCAAGGUGAUCGACGUGGGCCGGCGGUUCCUGGUGAACAGGGUCCAGGACCACAUCCAGAGCCGCAUCGUGUACUACCUGAUGAACAUCCACGUGCAGCCCCGCGCCAUCUACCUGUGUCGGCACGGCGAGAGCGAGCACAACCUCCAGGGGAAGAUCGGAGGGGACUCGGGCCUGUCCAGCCGGGGCAGGAAGUUCGCGAACGCCCUCAGCAAGUUCGUGGAGGAGCAGAACCUGAAGGACCUCAGGGUGUGGACCAGCCAGCUGAAGAGCACCAUCCAGACGGCCGAGGCGCUGCGCCUGCCCUACGAGCAGUGGAAGGCGCUCAACGAGAUCGACGCUGGCGUCUGUGAGGAGAUGACAUACGAGGAGAUCAAGGACACCUACCCCGAGGAGUACGCCCUGCGGGAACAGGACAAGUACUACUACCGCUACCCCACGGGGGAGUCCUACCAGGACCUGGUCCAGCGCCUGGAGCCGGUGAUCAUGGAGCUGGAACGCCAGGAGAACGUGCUGGUCAUCUGCCAUCAGGCCGUCCUGCGUUGCCUCUUGGCCUACUUCCUGGAUAAGAGUGCAGAAGAGAUGCCUUAUCUGAAGUGCCCCCUUCACACAGUCCUCAAACUGACACCUGUCGCUUAUGGCUGCCGUGUGGAGUCCAUCUACCUGAACGUGGAGUCGGUGAGCACACACCGGGAGAGGUCAGAGGUGAGUGCACCCCACCAUCCCGUGGUCAUCCUCCGUCCUGGGGGGUCUCUGUGGUGUGACAGGGCUAGCGUGGAAGCAGAGAAACGUGACGCAAAGAAGGGACCUAACCCGCUCAUGAGACGCAAUAGUGUCACCCCACUAGCCAGCCCUGAGCCCACCAAAAAGCCUCGCAUCAACAGCUUUGAGGAGCAUGUGGCUUCGACCUCCGCUGCGCUGCCCAACUGCCUGCCCCCGGAGGUGCCCUCCCAGCUGCCCGGACAACCUUUGCUAGGGAAGGCCUGUCUGUAAGUAUUUUUCUCUGGAUAAUUUUGCUACUCGCACCUCUUUCACUUUGCUUGCCAGUGUGGCCUCCUGCCUGAUAAGGUGUGCAGGACGAUGGCCGUGUUUGUCCUCUCUGACAGAGAAAGAUGGCCUUGGGGGCGGCGGAGGGGGAUUCAUGAAUUUUUAGAAAAAGAGGCAAGAAGCAGCCCGGCCCAGCUCUCUCCAGGGCGUCCUGCUGCCGCCACUUGCCACAGCCGGCUUCCUGUAUGUCCCCCGGGCCCCUGGCUACUGCUGGUGCUUGCAGUGGUCCCGGCUUGACAUAAAUCUGCUUUUUUCUGAUUUUGGCACCAGGCUAGGCCUCAAGCCUGAUGCGUCGACUUUUACGUCUUGUACCUGCCCUAGGAGAGGCCUUUCGUGUUGAAAGGAAAAGUAACCCAGAGCCUUGUCUGCAAAACAAAGGACAGACUCUGCUGGGGGGGGGACUGUGGUGGGCCUGCAACCCCGUAGGCUCUCCCUUCUGUCCGAGCAGAGACCCACUCCCCUGGGCGCCCCAGGACCCUGGCACUCUGGAGGUCGGUUUGGGAACCACUGCUGUGGAUCUGGUUGUCCUGUACCAGCAUCUGCUUAGCCUGAAGGGUCAUGACCGGAAGUGGGUGCACCACUCGAAUCAGACCCAUUGGUUUCCCCUGUCCUUCACCGGAGUUCUCCUGGAACCGGCUAGGUGUCCACUGGAGCAGAGCAGCUGCUAGAGAAUUCAGAGUCUCCACUGCUGCGGUGGUCCCCACCACAGAAGGAGCUGAGGCCUUCUGUCUUGGCGUUCCAUUAACAGGCGCCACGAUCUGUCCCCUUCCCCAGCCCUUCAGGUCCCACUACCUGCCCAUCCUCCCUUUUGCUGGUUGGGUCACCUGAGUCAUGGGUGCAGGAAUAGAACUGGCUUGAGGAGCUCGGCCUGCAAGCUUGGAAGUGUGGCUCGUUCUUGGAAAAUAGGUGUUUAACAUCGUGCUUAGAUUAGGUCGCCCCAAUGGCGGCGAAAUCUGUUUUGCGUUCCUUUAUGGCUCAUGGAAAAGGGGCUUGCUUGCCUAUGUUCCAUGUCUUUGGGCCUUAAAAUAACUUCAAGAGGUCCAUAGGGUAGUUUUAUCCCUUUUUACCAGAUGAACGAGGGUAAGUCACUUGCCUGAGGCCGUCCAGCUGGUCGGUAGCAGAGCCAGGACAUGAAUGGGUCCGUUUCCCUCUCCCGAAGGCUGUGACCGCCUUCUCUCUGCUGGCUUCUGGGGACAGUCAGGUCCUGUUCACCUACCCCUGGCCUGGGCACCUGACGUUUGAGGCCCCUGGGGCACUGCUCAGAGCUGCGUGGAUGUCCUUUUUAGUUGAGAAGGCUCUCCCAUGCAGCUGCCCUCUGCAGCUAGGGUGUUUCCUUACUGCGGGGAAUUCUGUCUUAAAGACGACCUGUCCCCUGUCUGCUACCUCCUGGUAGCCAACCACUGUAACCGAGGGCUUCUAGAGCAGGCGUUCUGGUGAAACUGGCCUUCGGAUCUGGAGCCUUCUACUUCUGCAUCCUGUGCAUGUCUUGCUCCUUUUGAGCCGUGGCCUGGUGUGACCAGGGAAGAAACCUUCGGGCUGCAGGGUGCCCCUCGGACGCAUCCCCCCACCUCCUAAGGUGAAACUUGCCCGUCUCUGUGGCUCAUAGUGCCUUCAGCUGGAAUCCCUCCAGUUCAGCAAAAGCAUGUCCUCUGCACCCGUCCACCUGCAUUCCACUCUGGGGUCCCAGUGUCUGGCCCCACCUGGGAGUGUGAGCCCACGUCCGAGGUCGCAGGUACCCACUUCUCAGUGCUCAAGUCCAACCGAGCCUGGUUUGGGUCUUGGUUUUACCACCCUCCAUCUUUGGAAUUCUGGGCAGUUCUAGCACUUCUGCUUCCUCGUCUGUAACAUGGAUGCGGGAACGGUACGUGGUGUUUUGGUCAUGAGAAUAUAGACGCAGCGCUUAGCAGAGUGGCCAGCGGUGCACAGUCCGUGCCCGGCCGGACACCACCCGUUACCACGGUAGAGACAGUGCCCCGGGCUCUGCUGGGAUGCCCUAGGCACUGCGUUUGUGCUCCUUCUGCAUUUGGAUGCCCCCCACCCCCGCUCCUUCUGCACAGGCCAGGGGGUUUCUUCUCAUGAGCAGCAGGAGUACUGAGAGACGGGGGGAGUGGGGAGAACCCCUGGGAGCUUCCGGGUGGUGGCCCGAGGACACUGGCCACCGUAGUUUCCUGGUGAAACAGGCCCGCCAGCCUGGUCAGAUGCUGCACCUGCCGUCCUCCCCCUGGGGCGGUGCGAGUGCUCCGGCUGUAGGACCUCACGCAUCCUUGAUUUUUAAAUUGCGAGUGCACACACAACAAAGGAGAUGCUACUAAAGAUGUUUUGUUCUGUUCUUUCCCAACAUGUUCUUCCCUUCCCCCCACUAUGCUUGAAAGACGAACUGUUUGUCACAUUUUCUCAAAGUUUUCUCCUUACUAACCUUGGCAAGGUAAAUGGCUCGGUGCAUGUCCCUCUCUGUCCCCUCCACCUCUCCCUGGGUCAUGGCAUCUCAGCCUGUUGGGGCAUCGGUCUGUGUGAGGACUGGCCAUUGUCAAGUCUGUGACUCAUGCACCCCAUGCCGGAGAACUCGUGUUGUUUCAAAGCAGCACCAUUGUCUCAAGGUCCUUCCUCUCUCUCUCUCUCCCUCAUUUUCCUCCAUAUGGCCUGAGCCAGGGCACCAUGCGUGAGUGAUGUGACGUGCCCCGUGCCUGCACGCCCCAAUGUCAUUGUUGCAUCUGUCAUCAUUCGUGGGCGCCCGGAGCCGUGGGCGUGAGAGGUCCGAGGGCAGGGGGGGGAAGCCAGCUGCUGCGGGGGCCUGGGCAGCUCCUGGAGCUCCCAUCCCAUCAGUGGCAGGCUGCAAGGCUUAGAGAUCCUCCCGGGGAGAUGCCCACCCAACAGACACCGCCUUGUGAACCCACGACAGGAGGUGGAGGAGACCUGGGCUGAGCCCUAGUCUCUUCUCCAGGCAUCCCCACUGUGGGCCCUUGGUUCUGCACGGGAGCCUGGGGCAAAGGGGGCUGCCAGGGUCCCUGCACCCCUGUGUGCCCGGGUUCCGCUCUCCCCUUCACCCCGCCCCCCGCAGACGGUCUCAGCGGAGACAGGAUGGGAGAGAACACUUUGAAAAACCUGUGUUUCCUUUCUUGGCGGGGUGGGUGAAGGUUGGGAAAGAGCCCGCCACCAUGCAGUGAUGGCUGCCAUCUGGCCCCCACUGACUGAAAAUGCUUUUUAAGGGGAUUUGAUCCUGGUUGGCUUUGUAGGGGUGGGACUUCCAGCAAGGAUUGCUUUUGUUAGAACAGGAAGAGAGCUUGGUGGCACUGCCUGGCUUCCUUGUGUGCGUCCUCCCCGUGCCAUCCCGCCGGCCAGCGGCCCCCAUGUUUUGGCUGCCGAGCCCAUGCUCCUAGAUAGAACCUGGCAUCCAAGGGCCGGAGUGCACGAUCUCCUUGCGGGAAGAGCCCUCCUGCCUCUCUGGAGGGCUCCCGGCCCAUCUCCUGCCUGGCUGCAGAGCAGCUGGAGUUCCCUGGGGGCAGGGGGUGCAGGGGGGGCAGGCGGGGCAGUUUCAUGGCUCUAAGUGAGCUGGAGGGCUCCUGGCGCUGGCGCUGGGUGUUGCCCGGAGCUCCCACCCACGAGGGCUGCCUGUUCUUCCCUGCUUCCUAGAGGCAGAUGUCAGGCCUCUGCCCCAGGGGCCCUUGCCGUGGCCCUUCUCGGGGCGACGCUGGGCGUGACUUCCACUGGUCCUGGAGCCGACCUGGGCUUUCUUCCACCUGUCUGGCGACAGUGCUCUUCCGGGUUGUGCUCUUUGUGUGAUGGAGGGGGUCAUCUCAGCUGCAUGGCUUUAGUCUUUGGCUUUAGAAGCCUCGUGGACAAGAAGUAAUGAUCCCUCUUCCUCGCCCUCUCUUCUCCUG